UUAAGUUAUAAGAACAUGGAACGUUGCUUGGUGGAAAGUAACCUGACAGAAAUAAUGAAGAGUACACUCUCACUAGAAACCCAGCACUUUUACCUUCCAAAGCUUUCUUCAUGGGAUUCAAUAUCGCCAACAAUCCUCCCUACAAUCAUCAAAACCCAGAAACAAAACCAACUCUCAUCAACAUGGAAACUUCAAGCCAACGCCAAAGGAUUUUCCAGCACACCACAGGCUAACGUGGAAGAAAACGCUGCCGAAAAAAGCUCAAACAACAACAAGAAGAAGAAUGAGGAUGAGGAAAUUCCCCAGGUAGUGUUUGAGAGGAUGAUAGCAAGGAUUUUGGUCUCUGUGGGAGUUCCAAUGGCCACGGGUCUGGCUUUACUGCACCUAUUUGGUGUAGUGAAAGAGCAAAACUUAUGGGAUGCGCCGUUGUGGCUGCCAUUCUUGACUACAUUAAUUACUUUUGGGGCAUCAACGCUUGGGAUUGCUUAUGGGACUUUGUCUGCGAGUUGGGACCCGAAGAAGAAGGGUUCUUUGCUGGGACUGGAAGAAGCUCAACGCAAUUGGGUUGAAAUGUGGAAAGAAGAAAAUAAUGGGCAGUGGUGAUUGGUGCUGUGCCCAUCACACGUUGGAUCAACAUCUAGCCGAUUGCCUCUAGUAGUAGUAGGUGUCAUAUUUACGGCUUUUAAUGUACAACCCAAUCUCGUUUCUUUCUGGUGCCUAAAAGGAAACACUCUCUGCAAUGUUGUUUUCAUUAUCUAUCUAAUAAAGAAAAAAUUCUGCUACUA